UCAAAUACAUUGUUAAUUCUGUGGCACCACUGUGCAGGUCAUCCCAGAUUAUAUGCAGCCACCGCUAGAUCAAGAACUCCUCCGGCUGAUGACGGCAUUGACAAUGCGAUGGAGCAUAGCAGGCAAGCUAGAUCCAUUUCUGACAGCGAAUCUGACCCUAGUGCGGAUUCCAAAGACGACGGAGGUAGCAGGUCGGACGGAAAUGAUGCAGUAAGUCAAAAUAAUGGGAAUGAUAACAACCAAAUGACUUUAGGACCCGCUCAAGCUGGGGAGAAUGGCAGAGACGGUGGUCCUGGGGAGAAUGGAGGAGAUGGCGGUAUUGGCAUGAACGGAAUCUCCCUGCAGGUUGGAGGUGCAGGCGGAAAUGGGGGAACAGGUGGAGCAGAUAGUAACGGCGGUAUUGGAGGAACUGGAGGUAAUGGCGGAAGACUAGCAGUCGGAGGAAAUGGUGGAAUAGGAGGACAGGGUGGAGAAGUAGGGGGUGAGGGUGGUCAAGGAGGACUGGGUGGUAGUGGUGGUAUAGCAGCUGAUGGAGGAAUCGGCGGGGCUGGUGGUAACUCAGGAAGUCAAGGAAACGGAGGAAUAGGAGGAAUGGGUGGUUCGGCAGGUGUGGGUGCUGUCGGAGGUACGGGAGGAAGAGGAGGCAAUGGAAGCGACAAUGGGAUGGGAGGUAGAGGUGGAAUGGGUGGCACUGCAGGUAUUGGUGGAUUGGGUGGUACGGGAGGACAAGGAGGCAAUGGUGGGGAGAAUGGAAACGGAGCUGUUGGUGGAGGUGGAGGUGUGUGCCUGGUUGGAGGAGCUGCUGGUGAUGGUGGUAAUGGCGGAGAUGGAUUUGGAAAUGGGGUUGGAGGUAGGGGUGGUCGGGGAAGUAAUGGUUGCACUGGUGGUAAUGCUGGGAAUGGUGGAAACGGUGGAAAUUCUGGUGAUAGUGCAGGUCUUACGACCUUGUUGGUGGUGAUGGCGGAUCAUCUAAUGCUAUAG